UUGGCAAUGUGAAUCCACUGGAGGGAUUGGCAGAGGGUUGGAGGACACUGAAUGGAAAGCCAGUGGAGGGAUUGGCAGAGAGGGGUGGAGGACACUGAAUGGAGACCAGUGGAGGGAUUGGCAGAGAGAGGGGUGCAGGGACACUGAAUGUAGGUCGGUGGAGGGAUUGGCAGAGAGGGGUGGAGGACACUGAAUGGGAGAACAGUGGAGGGAUUGGCAGAGAGGGGUGGAGGACACUGAAUGGAAGCCAGUGGAGGGAUUGGCAGAGAGGGGUGGAGGACACUGAAUGGAGACCAGUGGAGGGAUUGGCAGAAAGGGGUGGAGAAUACUCAAUGGAGGCCAGUGGAGGGAUUGGCAGAGAGGAAUGGAGGACACUGAAUGGAGGCCAGUGGAGGGAUUGGCAGAGAGGGGUGAGGACACUGAAUGGAGGCCCAGUGGAGGGAUUUGGCAGAGAGGGUGGAGGACACUGAAUGGAAGCCAGUGGAGGGAUUGGCAGAGAGGGGUGGAGGAUUGGGAGUGGAAUCCAGUGGAGGGAUUGGCAGAGAGGGGUGGAGGACACUGAAUGAAGGCCUGUGGAGGGAUUGGCAGAGAGGGGUGGAGGAAGCUGAAUGGAGACCAGUGAGGGAUUAGCAGAGAGUGGUGGCAGAUACAGAACGGUUAGUGAGGUGGAUGAACUGAAGAGGGGAUAGCCUGCGAUGAGGUAGGCCAAUGAGGAGGGAGUUACAAUAGUCAAGGUGAGAGACAACAAGAGUAGUUCAGGAUCAGGAUGUACCAAUAUUGGUGUAGAA